CUACCUAACACCCACCGGGCAGUCUUUAACCACAGAGGACAUAAAUCUCAGAAACUCUUAAAGACCGCAAACAGAAAACACACACACACAUUCAACGAUGAUUGGUGAACUGCGUGCUGAUGCUGUUGUAGGGUACUUCAGGGGCAAGAGCAUCCUGAUCACUGGUUCAACUGGCUUCCUAGGGAAAGUGCUCGUGGAGAAGAUACUGAGAGUUCAGCCCGACGUGAAGAAGCUCUUCCUCCUAAUUCGAGCCGCCGAUGUUGAGUCUGCAAAGCAGAGGGUUGAAACUGAGGUGACAGGGAAGGAGAUCUUUCAUGUUUUGAGAGAAAAGCAUGGCAACAGAUUUGAAGAUUUCAUCCAAGAAAAAGUCUGUCCACUUGCAGGAGACGUCGUGUAUAAGAACUUGGGGCUAGACAAUGCCAAAUUAACAGAAUUAUCGAAAGAAAUCGACAUAAUUGUAAAUGGAGCUGCAACUACAAAUUUCUAUGAAAGAUAUGAUGUGGCUUUCGACACGAAUGUCAUGGGAGCCAAGCACAUUUGCAAAUUUGCAAAGAGGUGCAAUAAACUCAAGAUGCUGCUACAUGUUUCAACAGCUUAUGUAGCCGGUGAACAAGAAGGGAUACUACCAGAGAAGCCAUUCCUGGUGGGUGAAACCCUGAGGGAAGGCGGAGACCUUGAUAUUGAAUCCGAAUUAAAUCUGAUAAAAGAGAUCAGGAUAGACAUGGAAACCAACUGUUCUCCAGAAAAGGUUGAGAAGAGAACCAUGAAGGAGCUCGGCCUCAAGAGAGCAAGGGAGUUUGGGUGGCCAAACACAUAUGUGUUCACCAAGGCAAUGGGGGAGAUGAUUCUGGGGCAUCUGCGAGGUGAUCUCCCGGUUGUUAUCAUCCGGCCGAGUAUCAUAACUAGUAUCUUGAACGAGCCAUUGCCUGGAUGGAUGGAAGGGAUCAGGACAAUCGACUCCUUCAUCAUCGGUUACGCCAAGCAGGCUUUGUCAAUCUUCCUAGUCAACCUCGACUUGAUAAUGGACGUGGUUCCAGGGGACAUGGUAGUGAACGCUAUGAUGGUUGCCAUGGCUGCACACUCCGAGGAGCAGGCGCAGCGUAUCUUCCACCUGACGUCAUCGCUGCGCAACCCGGCACCCUACGCCGUCCUCGCGGAGUCUGGCCACCGGUACUUCCUCCAUAAUCCACCACGCUCCGGGAAGAACGGCGAGCCCGUGAGGCUGAGCAGGAUGCGCUUCUUCCGCACCCUCCCGGGGUUCCGCGCGUACAUGGCCGUCAAGUUCAGGCUUCCCCUCGAGAUCCUUCGCCUGCUGAACAUUGCCGGGUGCGGCGCCUUCUCGCGGCGCUACCACGAGCUCAGCCGCAAGUACAGAUACGUCAUGCAUAUUGCAGAGCUCUACGCGCCAUACGCCUUAUUCAAAGGGUGCUUCGAUGACACGAACACGGAGAGGCUGAGGGCGGUGAUGGUGAACAAUCAGCAGGACAAGAGCAGGGGAUAUGACUUUGGUUUCGAUCCCAAGUCGAUCGAUUGGGACGACUAUUUCUACAGGGUACACAUCCCUGGUGUUGUCAAGUACCUCCUCGAUUAGACUGACAUAAGAGCUUGGAAUGAGUACCUUCCAUGUAUCUUGUGUGUUUAGUGGGUUUGAAAUAUACCAUCCUAAAAUGAGGUUUCCGAACAAUAUCCCGACUACUGAUUUGGAAUCCAGCACUGCAGUUUGUUUUGGCCGAGCAAGAAAUUGAUGGCGAGAUUAUCUGA